AUGGAAGGUGUAAUUAGGCAAUCAACCACUGCACCCAAAUCAACCAAGAUAGAAAUUAAAUCAGAUGUAAAAAACUCUUCAACCUCCAACAAAAAUAGAAUCAAUCUGACUCCUAUGAAAAUUACACAGGCAGAUCUAGCCGUAGAAAUCAUCAAUACUAUUAGCAAUAUCAAAUUAGAACCUCAAGGCAAUCCCUCCUAUACAAAAGUUACUGGUCAAACUCAAGCUCCAACAAAAAGAAAGGUUUUGGAAUAG